GCUUAGUGACAUAGUCGAUUCUGAUUGGCUGACAGGGCCAUAAAUCAGUUUUGAACAUAAGGUCUCUCAGUAUUCUCUCUCCUAUCAUUUGGUUCGGAUCCCGACCGGCCAUUAUGAAUACUUGGUUAUGCCCUUUGGGCUUACUAAUGCACCUGCUGUGUUUCAAGGGUUGGUUAAUGAUGUACUGAGGGACUUCCUAGAUAAAUUUGUUUUUGUUUAUUUGGAUGACAUUCUGAUCUUCUCCCCUGAUGAAGAGACACAUAAGCGACAUGUCCGGACUGUUUUGCAAUGUCUGUUAGAGAACCAGCUAUACGUCAAGGCGGAAAAAUGUGAGUUCCACAAACCCACUGUGUCUUUCCUGGGGUUUGUAAUAUCUGAGGGGGAGAUUCGGAUGGAUCCAACCAAAACGGCAGCUGUAGCGGAAUGGGAAACUCCUCGCAAUCACAAGAGGUCCAAUUGUUUCUAGGCUUUGUCAACUUUUAUCGAAAGUUCAUACGAAAUUUUAGUACUGUGGCUGCUCCCUUACGCAAUCUUACCUCCAUUCACCAGGUGUUUGUCUGGUCUCGUGAGUGUGAGGAAGCAUUCCGGGAGCUAAAGAAAAGGUUUACGACUGCCCCUGUGCUGCUCCUUCCUGACCCCUGCCGGCAGUUUGUGGUCGAAGUAGAUGCCUCGGACAUUGGGGUGGGGGCGGUACUUUCACAAGUUUAGUUCCUCUGAUAAUAAGAUGCAUUCCUGUCCAAAAAGCUAUCUCCCACCGAGCGCAACUACGACAUAGGUGACCGUGAGCUGUUGGCCGUUAAGGUGGCCUUGGAGGAGUGGCGUCACUGGCUAGAGGGGGCUCAGUUACCAUUUCUCGUUCUGACCACAAGAACCUGGAAUACUUACGCACGGCCAAAAGACUUAAUGCCAGACAAGCUCGAUGGUCACUGUUCUUCAGCCGUUUCAAUUUCACACUCUCCUACUGACCGGGAUCUGAGAAUGGCAAGCCGGACUCUCUGUCACGCCGGUUCGAGUCCGGGGACCACACCUCUGAACCACAAACUGUACUUCCCUUAGCGUGCUUUGUUUCUGCCCUCACAUGGGGAAUAGAGGAUAAGGUCAAGGCAGUUUCGGAAGAAGAGCCUGUGCCUCAAGGGUGCCCGGAGGGGUUACUGUUUGUGCCACAGACAAUCCAAGGUGAGGUCAUUCGCUGGGCUCAUGAUAGUCAGUUUACGUGCCACCCAGGCAUUAGAAAGACUAAGUGGGUGAUGCGUCAAUGCUUUUGGCGGCCCAGUAUGGACCGAGAUGUGACUAUGUUAACGCCUGCCAUAUUUGCACUGCCCAAAAAUCAUCCAAUCAAAGACCAUCCGGCGAGUUACUUCCUCUCUGUCCCCAAACGUCCAUGGUCACAUAUAGCCAUAGACUUUGUCACCGGUCUUCCAGUUUCGCAAGGUCACACCGUGAUUCUUAGUUAUUGACCGGUUUUCCAAGAUGUCAUUUUUUUUUGCCUCUCCCUAAACUCCCCACAGCCAAGAGGACUGCUGAGAUUCUGCUUCAGAACGUGUUUAAGCUGCAUGGAUCGGCGGAUGCAUACAUCCGGGUAUCAUCCACAGGCCAAUGGCCAGGUCGAACGUGCUAAUCAAGAACUGGAGAAGGGACUUCGCAUUCUAGCAUCCCACAGUCCAUCAAACUGGGCUGCACAACUUCAUUGGGUGGAAUUGGCCCAUAACCAACUUCUGACCUCUGCCACCGCUCUCAUCCAGCACUGCAGGAGGAUCUGGGUCCGGGCUCGGCGAACCUUGCUCAAGACCUCCUCCUCAUACAAGGCAGCAGCGGACCGCCAUCGUUCUCCCGCGCCUCCCUAUGUGCCCGGCCAGCAGGUUUGGUUGUCGACCCGGGAUCUGCCGCUUCGGGGGACAGUUCGCAAGCUCGCACCCAGGUUUGUGGGUCCCUUUCCCAUCACCAGGGUGAUCAACCCUGUGUCUGUUCAUCUGCGUCUUCCUGGGGCAUUGCGGGUCCAUCCUACGUUCCACGUGAGUCGGGUGAAACCUGUGAGGACUAGUCCUUUGUGCCCUCCGGCUGGUCCCCCGCCGCCCUCCCGGUUCGUGGGUGGCAGUCCCGCCUUCUCUGUCCGCCGUCUCCUGGCUGCUCGUUGUCGGGGCUGGGGCAUGCAGUACUUGGUGGAUUGGGAGGGCUACGGUCCUGAGGAGCGUUCCUGGGUGCCGUCCCGCUUCAUCCUGGAUCCGGCUCUCGUCCGCGACUUUCAUGCCUCGCUUUCGGGGGUUCCUGGGCCGUCCGGUGCCGGCCGUGGGGCGGGGGUGAUGUCAUGAUUGGGUCUGUGGGGGCGGGAUUGUUUAUUGCUUUGGGUUUGCAUUUAGUUUUGCACUGGGGUUUUGGU